AUAGUCUAUUCCUUCACCACUUUCCAAAAUUUCUUUAUUCAUUUCUAAAUUCUUCUUUUUCCCUUUGAAGGGAAACCUUAAUCAUUCUUUUGCUUCAGAUAAGCAAUGUUCUCUCAGAAUAUUCAACACUCUCAUUUUUCACACAAAAAACACUUCUUUCUACGCUCAGGGUCCUGCAGGAUCAAUUUUGGCCUUUUCUUCUAGGACACACGACAUAGUAGUGUGGUGAUGUAACAAAUAUCAUGACAUGCAUAUUUACUUCUAGCUUUUUCUCUGCUGUGGGUCUCUUCUGCAUCAUCAUUUUCUUUGAUUCCUAGUUCUAUUUCAUAUCUGAUCUGGGUCACCUUUUUCCUAUUCUGGGUCCGGUUUUCUCCCACCCCAUUUCACACUGCCUGCUUUCUGUUUGUUUCUUGUUUUCACCAAAUCUCAUAAUUCAAGACAAUCUCCUCUUCUUUUGUUUCUCCGGAUUCUAAUUUCGUGUCAAGUUCGUUCAUUUAGAUGUCGCGAUAAAUCACUGGAUAGACUCUUUACUUUUGGUUUUCAGGUGUCUCUGUCGCAAUUGAGUUGUGGAUUUGGGUUUUAUUUAUAUUUGGAAGCGAUGCAUGUAGACUUGUAGGGUGGUUUUGGGGUUAGGAUAAUGGGAUCUCAAGGUGGGGCAAUCCAGGAGCCAAAGAAUGGGUCUUUGGCAAGGCAAGGGUCUUUGUACAAUCUCACCCUUGACGAGGUGCACAACCAGCUUGGAAAUUUGGGGAAACCCUUAGGAAGCAUGAAUCUUGAUGAGCUGCUCAAGGGCGUGUGGACUGCAGAAUCUGGAACUGAUGCAUACAUGCAACAAGGUCAGGUAGUUUCUGCUGGAUCAUCUUUGAAUCCUCAAGGGAGUCUAACAUUGUGUGGGGAUCUUAGCAAGAAAACAAUUGAUGAGGUUUGGAGAGAUAUGCAACAGAAGAAGAGUGUUAGUCAUGAAAGAGAAAGACAGCCUACACUGGGUGAGAUGACCCUGGAGGAUUUCUUGGUGAAGGCUGGUGUGACUACUGAACCUUUCUCUAAUGAGGAUAGUUCCAUGGCCAUGCCAGGGGUUGAUUCCCAACACAACACAUCACAACAUGCUCAUUGGCUGCAAUACCAGCUCACUCCAGUGCAGGAGCCGCCACAACAACAACAUCAUCAACAUCAAAAUCAGCAGAAUACUAUGAUGCCGGGUUUUUCCGGUUUUAUGGCUGUUCAACAGCCUAUGCCGGUUGUGGUGAAUCCGGUUCUGGAUGCAGGAUACUCUGAAGCAAUGCCGUCUUCUUUGAUGGGUGCCUUAUCUGAUUCACAAUCUGCAGGUAGGAAAAGGGCUGCCUCAGGUAAUGUGGUUGAGAAAACUGUGGAGAGGAGGCAGAAGAGGAUGAUUAAAAAUAGGGAAUCAGCAGCUCGGUCCCGGGCUAGAAAGCAGGCAUACACACAAGAACUGGAGAUUAAAGUUUCUCGUUUAGAAGAAGAGAAUGAAAGGCUUAGAAGACAGAAUGAGAUAGAGAAGGUAUUGCCAAGUGCACCGCCACCAGACCCUAAGCAUCAGCUGCGCAGAACUAGUUCAGCUCCCCUUUGAUGGCUUCACUGCAAACCAGUUUCUACCAAACUUCCAUGCACUUCCAUAGAUCUCAUUUGCGACAUAUAUGUUUGGCACUCAAGUUUCCAACAUUUGGAAAUCUAUUUUUCUCUGGGAAGUGCUGCUAUUUAUUCUCCUCAGCAUGUCCCCUUGUAAGAGUGUUUUCCUAUAUGUACAUUUUCCAAUUUACUCUGCACUAUAAGCAUGCUUUAGUCUAAUUUUGAACACGAUAUAGCUUUAAUACCACUUCUAAGGACAAAACAUAGAUGUUGUAGUAUAGAUUAUUUGAUGUUGUUCUUCAGUUAAAUUUGAAGAUUUUAUGUAACUUGUGCUUUAGAAGGUCAUAUAAAGGUUGAUGCAUGUUAUUACUGA